AUGGACAACAAAGACACAUAUUUGCUGAACUUUAAAGACUAUAAUUUUGAAUCUCCUUUAGUUGAUAUUGACUUUCUAGAAAAUCUAGAUGAUUUUGAAAUUAGAGAUGAUGAUGUCUUCAUAAUUACAUAUCCAAAAUCUGGGGAUAUUAGUGAAUUUCCAGAAUUCACCAUACAUUUUAUCAAAGCUACUGUAUCUAUUAAGUCUACUCAAGACAACCAAGAGUUAAAAUUGUUUUUACUAUACCUCCUGCAGAUUAUUUACAUCUACAGAAACCCCAAGGAUGUUAUGACUUCAUACUUUCACUUUUCAAAUAUGGUGGUCGCGCUUGAAGCUGCAAAUGAUAUGGAACAUUUCAUGAAAAGGUUUCUAGAUGGAAAUGUGGUAGGAAGCCGUUGGUUUGAUCACAUCAGAGGCUGGUAUGAGCACAGACAUGACUUCAGUAUUCUGUUUAUGAUGUAUGAGGAAAUGAAAAAGGAUCUCAGAAGUUCUGUGCUUAAAAUCAGCCAUUUCCUUGAGAAAGAACUGAGUGAAGAGGAUGUUGAAGCUAUUGUGAAACAGUCUACAUUUCAGAACAUGAAGUCUGAUCCCAAAGCCAAUUAUGAUGAGAUUCUAAAAUAUGAAAUUGGGAAAAGAACAGAUGAGGGACAUUUUCUGCGCAAAGGUGAUGCUCAGGAGUUUUUAGAUGCAAAAAUGUUGAGAGUUCCGUGAUUGCUUGGCCCCUAC